AACUGUGUGGUCUUUGGCAGAAGUUUCGCUACACGCACACAGAUGUCACCAGAGUUUCUCAAUCUGUCACCCUACUAGGUGGAGUCCGUUUGAUGGAGGGCAGAGAAACUGGACAUAGGCACCAUGAUUUGCUGACACCCCCUGUCAGCCGACUUCCGUUGAAUACUUCCACCGGCUGCGCACCGUUGAAACACCGUUUAACCAUUAUACCUGUAGCGGCUUCUCCCGGCGGUUCUUUUUUUUCUUUUGACAAAUGUGGAACAACACCCACUUGAGAAGAAGUCACCAUGCUAACCACAGUUAGCUGCUUCACGUCGCUAUGUUUUCGGUGCUGACUUGACAGGCGACGAACGCGGUAUUUGUGAAGUUGUAGACGCUUUUUAAAAAGUCAUUUAGACGAAGUAGUCCGCGACAUUUUGUGUCCGUUUCCCCGUGCUUGAACAAAGUUAUUAAACUGCCUGCAAAAAUGGGACUACACCCGCUGGAGUUCAGUGAAUGCUAUCUGGACAGCCCGAGCUUCAGGGACAAAAUAAAGGCACAUGAAGCAGAGCUGGACAAAACCAACAGAUUUAUCAAAGAGCUGUACAAGGAUGGCAAGAACCUCAUCAAUGCAACAAAGCAGCUUGGGAUGGCACAGCGAAAGUUUGCCCAGUGUCUGGGAGAGUUUCAUUUUGAGUACAUCGGCGAUGCAAAAACAGAUGAUGAGAUAUGUAUUGAUGAGUCUUUGCAAGAGUUUUCCAAAUUCCUUAAAAACCUAGAAGAUCAAAGAGAGCUGAUGAUGAGAAACAUCACAGAAACCCUAAUGAAACCCCUGGAGAAGUUCAGGAAAGACCAUCUUGGUACAGCAAGGGUUGAAAGAAAGAAGUAUGAGAAAGAGACGGAGAAAUACUACAGCUCUCUCGAAAAGCUUCUUAAUAUGUCGGCAAAGAAGAAAGAGCCACAGUUACAAGAGGCAGACGUCCAGGUGGAAAACAUGAGGCAGCACUUUCAGGAGGAGUCGCUGGACUACGUGUGCAAACUGCAGGAGAUUCAAGAGAGAAAGAAGUUUGAGUGUGUUGAGCCGAUGGUGGCCUUUUUUCAGACCGUCUUCACUUUUUAUCACCAGGGCUUUGAGCUUGCCAAGGACUUUGAUCAUUAUAAAAGAGCUCUGCAGAUCAAUAUUCAGAAUACAAGGAAUCGAUUUGAGGGUGCACGGUCAGAGGUGUAUGAGCUAAUGAAGAGGAUCAGGGAAGCACCCCAAGAAUACAGGCAGACCAGCCCUAUCAGUUGUGAAGGUUACCUCUAUGUACAAGAAAAACGGCCACCUCCCUUUGGUUCAAGUUGGGUCAAACGAUACUGCACAUUUGUCAAAGAGCAGAAGAUCCUGCACAUGGUGACCUUCGACCACAGAUCUGGUGGGAAGAUUGGAGAGACAGAGUCUGUCACACUCAAAUCCUGUCUCCGCAAAAUGACUGAUACGCUGGACAGGAGGUUCUGUCUAGAUCUCGACAUAACUGACCGGCCAGGAACGGUGCUAACAGUACAGGCCCUGUCAGAGGAUGACCACAAGUUCUGGAUGCAGGCCAUGGGUGGGAAGGAACCUAUUGGACACUACCUCGGGAGAACUUAUUCAAAAGAAAGAGGAAUUGACGCCCAGCUGGAUGAUGUAGGUUUGACUUUCGUGAAGAACUCUAUCAGUGCCAUUGAGACAAGAGGAAUUAAUGACCAAGGCUUGUAUAGAGUUGUUGGGGUGAGCUCCAAGGUCCAGAAGCUCCUCUCAUUAAUGAUUGAUGAGAAGAGCAAUGAAGUGGAUCUGUCUACCAGCGACGACUGGGACGUUAAGACAAUAACAAGUGCACUGAAGCUUUAUCUGAGGAGCCUUCCUGAGCCUUUGAUGACCUAUGGACUUUACAAAGAGUUCAUCAGCCCCGCGAAGGGUGGUAGCCCAGAGUCUCGCAUCCAAGCCGUCCACUGCCUGGUCCACAAACUACCAGAGAAGAAUCGAGAAGUCCUCGGGCUGCUUAUGAAGCAUCUGGCCAAUGUGGCGGCCCAUAGCAAACAGAAUCUAAUGACUGUGGCCAACCUGGGCGUGGUGUUUGGCCCCACAUUAAUGAGGCCACAAGAGGACACUGUCGCUGCCAUCAUGGAUCUCAAGUUCCAGAACAUUGUGGUGGAGAUCCUCAUUGAACAACAUGAAAAGAUCUUUGCAGAUGCUCCCGAGUCAUGCCCUCUUUCACCUGCUGGCCCAGUAUUCUCCGCUCCCACAAGGCAGUCCAAGAAACUGAAUCGACAGAAUCGGCCCUUGGCUGUCUACAAUCCACAAGCUCUAGACAUUCAGAGUGUUACAUCGGUGGUAGAUAGUUCCAGCCUAGCUACAGAUGAGACUUCAAUGGGCAGCAACGAGUCAGUAUCAUCCCAGUCAUCGUCAGCAUCGGCCUCAGAAGCGCCCCCAGAGAGGAGUGACCACCCUCCACUUAAGAUGGGCCUCAGCUUAGGCAACAACUCGGGAGCUGCAGCAGCUUCGUGGUCCACUCCUGGAGCAUCGGGAGAGAGCCAGCCUUCUGCCACAGAUAAAGAAAAGCCAGAAGAGAGUGUCACCAGCAGGAAAGCCAAGGCUGUGUACCCAUGUGAGGCUGAGCACGACUCUGAGCUCUCCUUCCCGGUCGGCGCAAUAUUCAACGCCGUGACCCAGUCGAGAGAGCCGGGCUGGCUGGAAGGAGAGCUGGAGGGAAAGAGGGGCCUCAUCCCUGAAAACUAUGUGGAGAUGCUGUAGGCCCACAUGGAAAUAUUUAUGGACAAGUUAUCACCUUCACUGGGGAAAAGUACGCUGACAUAUGCAUGUGCCUCGACUCAGAGAUUCACAGUAGAGCCUUGUUUAUCCUCAACCCCCUAAAUUGUCUCGAGCAAGUGUUUGUAUGUUAGUAGUUGGGCUUUGAUACACGUGUGCAAGCAUGUUUUUUUUCUUUGACAUUACUUUGGUUAAUGAGUUUCUGCAUUGUAAUUCCAAAAAAAGUUCUGCUGUAUACAGAGAAGCUGUAGCCUCGGAAAAUCUAGGUAACUUUGUAGCAGUAGCAGCAGCAGCAGAGUGAGCGUCUCUCUCUCUCUGUCGGAGGCGUCUCUCCCCCCUCCCCCCCUCUGCCCCCAUUAUACAUGGUAUCCAUGAGCUCUCGAGUCAAAGAAGGAAUCUCAGAAACUGUAAAGUAAAAUGUCAGCACUCGAGUCACUGAAGCUUGUCACACUUUUUGACAAUGAUACUCACAAAUUAGUUUUCAGCUCUCAAACGAUAACCCAUACUCAUGUGCCUUUACUGCCGGAGCAGCUAUUAGUCAAUAGGUGCAGGUAUGUAUGAAACACAAUUGGAGUGUUACAGCUUUCACUUAUAAAAUGUUGUAUUUUAUGUUAUUUUAAAAUUAUUUAGAUAUUAAAGAAGAGGCACAUUGCUACUGCAAUUUAUAUUUUAUUUUAUUUCAUAUAUGAUCGGCACAAUGGUUGCAUGACCUUUGAAUUUUAAAUACACUCUGUGCUGUUCUGUCCGUGGUGCACUCCUUCACCGACGUACAGUGGAACACCUCUUUGUUGCCCAAUAAAUGUGUUUGUGUUAACACGAGCAUCUGACACAUCCAUCAGAGGCCAGUUUCACUUGGUAGUGUCGGUUGAAACCAAGUGUUGUUCUCAUCAAAAUGUGUAUUAAAAUAAAUAUUCCUCUGAGCGGAGACCCGAGACGCUGCUGCAACAUUGAAAUUUCACUUUUAAUUGUAUCUAAGAGUAAGUGAUUAUAUCAUCGACAUACAUUUAUCUGUAGGCCAUCUGAAAGUGUUUUCGCCUGCCUUGAGUGAGUGACAGUUUUUAGGGAUUUUUAUUUGGAUUGGUUUUAGCGUGUUUGCUCUCCACAUUAAAUUUCAUCCCUCUGCUCUUCAACAAGACACUUUCAUUUUUCUGAGAGCUUUGGUUCAGCAGAUUGUUUGUGUUUUCAGUUGCAGUUGCAAUAAUUUAAAGACAGUGAUUUAUGUUCUUUGUAAAGGGCCUUGACUUCUUUCAUUUUUAUACCUUUGGGUAUUCUCUGGAUCAAUGUUAAACAAAUAAAGAUCUUUUGUUGUU